UGAACAAUAAAUUUGAGACAUAAAAUAAACAGUUUGAAGCAAAAACUUCAAAACUCAACUUUUAAGGCUGAAUUUAUUUUCCCUCAAACAAAAAAAAAGGCUGAAUUUAUUCUAGAUGCAAAAAUAACGAAGUCUAAUAUGUCAAAAUCAGUUUAUAUGUCUAUAAUUACUAUUGUUUAUGCAAAUAUAAUAAGAUUAAGCAAAUAAUAAGAUUAGUUCAUGUCUGUCAUGCUACAUCACUUCUUGUUUGCUUCAUUGAUUCUUGGCACAUAUAAUAAGAUUAAGAAAAUAAUAUAUCAAAGACCAAGACUCUUGGUUACUCUCACAAGUCACACUGCUGUAUUUAUUAUAUAGUUAAGUUAUUAAGUUAUAACUACCUUACACACCCACUUGUUCUGCAGGCUCUAUUAAAAAAAACUAACAGAUAAACAGAAUUAAAAAUAGUUGUCUUUGUCUUCACAAAAUAGAAAAAUAAUUUCUCGUAGACUAAACACAGCUAUUCAUUAGUCGAAGUCUAGUACAGAAAAGCUUAAGCACAAAAACAAGGUACUUGAACUUGUUUGGAUUGCCAAAAUUGCUUGCAAGAGUUAACCUGAUUGAUGAAAACAUUGAAAUGAAAUGACAGAUGCUAUAGUGUCAUUUGUUGUGGGGGAACUCUGCAAUUUUGUAAAAGAAGAAGGAACUUCACUGACAUUGAUUGAGAGAUACUUCAAAGACAUCAAAGAUGAACUUGAGAUCAUCCAAUUCUCACUCAAGGAUGCAGACACAAGGGCUGCUGAUGAAGGAGGAGGAGGAGCCAACGAAGGAAUCAAAACUUGGGUGAAGCAGCUAAGAGAAGCAUCUUUUCGCAUAGAAGAUGUGAUUGAUGAGUAUGAGUAUAGCAAGUAUGUGGCACAAAGGGUCGACCAUUCGGGAUUCAUAGCUUCACUCCAAGCGAUUCCUGCCUCGAUGAAAACCUUGAAUACACAGUACAAGAUUGCUUCAGAGAUGAAAGACAUCAAGUUAUCACUUGCUGGAAUCAAAGAAAGAAGUACAAUGUUUGAGUUUCAGUCUGGAAGUGGAUCAGAAAGCUACAGAGGGACUAAAGCUCCUAGAAUUGGUGACCCUCGAAUGGCUCCUUAUUUCAUUGAAGAGACUCAAGUUGUAGGGUUUGAGUCCCCAACAAAUGAAUUGGUUCGUCUUUUGGUGGGUGGAGAGAAUGAACGGACGUUGGUUUCUGUGCUAGGCAUGGGAGGACUCGGAAAAACAACUCUUGCUAAGCAUGUCUUUGAUAACGAGUUGGUGAAAAGCCACUUUGAUUGCCGCUCUUUCAUAACAGUUUCUCAAUCCUAUACUAUGACAGAGUUGCUGAUAGAUAUCAUAAAAACAUCUUGCACGAACAACAAUGAGACUAUUCCAAAGGGUCUGCGGAAGAUGGAUGACAGAACAUUGAUUACUCAAGUAAGACAAUACCUUGAGUCAAAAAGGUACUUGGUUUUAUUUGAUGAUGUUUGGGAAGAAAAUUUUUCUGAUGAGAUUGAACAUGCCUUAAUUAGUAAUAACAAAGGAAGUAGAAUCAUCGUGACCACUAGAAAUAUGAAAGUAGCAGAAUAUUUUAAGAAAUCUUUUCCUGUUCAUAUUCACGAGCUGCAACCUUUGUCUUCAGAAAAAGCAUGGGAGUUGUUCUGCAAUAAGGCAUUUAGAUCUGAGCCUGGUAAACAGUGUCCAACAGCCCUUGCGGACAUGUCUAAUGAAAUUGUUCAAAAAUGUGGAGGGCUACCACUGGCUAUUGUGGCCAUUGGUGGUCUUUUGUCGACAAAAGCUAAAACCUUGUUUGAGUGGAGAAAGGUGAGUCAAAAUCUAAGGAUGGAGUUAGAGCGCAAUGUGCACUUGACUAGUAUAAUAAGGAUUUUAAGUCUUAGUUAUGAUGAUUUGCCUUACCAUCUGAAAUCCUGCAUGUUAUACUUUGGCAUGUAUCCAGAGGACUACAUCAUUAAACGAAAAAGACUUACUAGGCAAUGGAUGGCUGAAGGGUUUGUUAAGAAUGAGCACACAAGACCAUUCGAGGAAGUUGCUGAAGAGUACUUGAUAGAGUUGGUACAGAGAAGUUUGGUUCAGGUUUCCAAACUUGGCUUUGAUGGGAAAGUUAAAAGAUGUCAAGUCCAUGAUUUGUUGCGUGAAGUGGUCAUUAAAAAAAUGAAAGAUUUAAGUUUUUGUCAUUCAGUGCAUGGAGGUGAUGAACAAGUCACGGUUGGAAUAACUAGGCGCUUCUCUAUAGUAGCCAUCUCCAACAAUGUAUUGAGAAGCACUGGUAACUCAGGAAUUCGUGCUGUAUUAGUUUUCGACAAAGGUGAAUUGCCUAAACAUUUCAUGGAUGAAUUAUCUGUCAAGUUCAAGCUUUUGAGAGUACUUGACUUUGAGAGUUCAGUUUUGAAUUAUAUUCCUGAUAACUUGGGGAGUCUUUUCCACCUAAGGUACUUGAACCUGAGUCGUACAAAAGUCACAGUUAUUCCAAGUUCUAUUGGUAACCUAAUCAAUUUAGAAACCUUGGAUCUAAGGCAUACCAAAGUUACUGAGUUACCAAGGGAGAUAAACAUGCUCACAAAGCUAAGGCUUCUUCCAGUUUAUUAUAGAAAACAUGAAGGACAUUAUUCUAUUUUGAAUUUUACAACAGGUGUGAAAAUGCAAGAGGGUAUUGGAUGUUUGAAGUCAUUACAGAAACUUUACUUUUUGGAAGCAAAUCGAGGUGGAAUAGACCUUAUCCAGGAGCUCAAGAUGCUGACACAAUUAAGGAAGUUAGGCAUACGUUGUAUGCGCCGAGAAUAUGGAAAUGCAUUAUGUGCUGCAAUACAAGAGAUGAAACACCUUGAAUCUCUAAACAUCACUGCUAUCGUUAAGGAGGAAAUCCUUGACUUGGAUUUCAUAUCAGCACCACCCGAUCUUAUUGUGCUCAACUUGAAAGGAAGACUAACAAAGUUGCCUGAUUGGAUUCCAAAUCUCAAGUACCUUGUGAAGUUAAGACUUGGCUUAUCUAACAUAGCCACUGAUCCAUUAAACUCUUUGAAGAAUUUGCCAAGUUUGUUGAGGCUGAAUUUGUGGGAUGAUGCCUUUUCUGGUGAAAGUUUACACUUUCAAGUUGAAGGGUUUCCAAAACUAAGGGAACUUGAUCUCACUAGAUUGAGUAAGCUAAGUUCUAUCACUAUAGACAAUGGAGCUUUACUUUGUCUUGAUCAUAUCAGAUUUAACAACAACCCCGAGUUGAAGGUGGUUCCACAAGACCUUCAACACUUGAAAAACCUUCAAUUCCUUGGAUUUGCUGAUAUGCCACAGGAAUUGGUUGAAAGCAUUGAUCCAGAAAAAGAUGGACAAUGCCAUUGGAUUAUCAAGCAUAUUCCCCUUGUACUAAUCCGUCAGAAAGUAGGAUUGGGAUUUUAUGACUAUGACUUGCACCGCAUUCCUACUACAUCCAAUGUCUGAAUCAUCAAGGUGAACAGAUUCAAAUUCUUCAUGUUGCUGCUCAAGAGAAGAUGCACUUUGUCUCUUUAUUCCUUCUAUGGUGUGCUUGAAUUGCCAAAUAAUUGUUUCCUUGAAUUGAACUCAUCAACUAUGAUCAAGGAAUGUGUACUGUAUUAAUUGACAUUUGGUUAUGGUUUGUUUUUCUGUUUUCUUCAUUUGUAAUGUUGUUUAUUAUUGGUUGUGGUGUGAAUGCUUUUCUACAAAAUAUAAUGAAUAUUUCAAUUUGCUAUGGAA